AUAUGGAAAUGAAUUCAAUAUGGAAAUAAAUAAUAAUUGAUUUGUUUUUUUUUUUUUUUGAACUAGAAAUAGCAACAAAUGUAAAUCGACCUGCAAGUAUGGAAUCCAAAUCUUCUAUUUCAUGAUUUGUGUCACUUAUGUAAUUAUAUAUUAUGGAGCAUUAACAUUUGGAGAAAUACGAUGAAACAAAUAAUUAAAUCAAUUAAUAAACCAAUUAGAAAAAUAAAGUCACACACCGUAAGUGCCCACGAACAGGGCUGUAAAUUAUGUAGCCUCACAAAGUCAUUGUAGAUUGACACCAAAAAAAAAAAAAAAAAAAAAAGUCAUUGUAGAAGUAUUAGGUAUAGCACUUGCAAACAACACGCGUUAGUGUCUCACUUUGACAAUAGGAAAAAAAAAAUAGUGCAACCCUAUAAUGUUACUCUUAUUGACCUAUAGUUUUGAAAUGAACUCUUACUUGAUCUUGUGGAAUAGACUCUCUCUCUCAGCUUGCUUGUGUCGAGGGGUUGGAAAGUAUUAAAGGAGGAGGUUGUGUAUCAUCAUGCUAGUGUUAAACUCUAUUAGACUAAGCUAGUCAUUGUACAAUUAGAUUGAAUAUUGCAUAAAUGAUUUCGGCUUUUACUUGUAUGUGUAUACUAUGUAGUGAAGAAAAAAAUUUGAUAUUGAACAGGAGGUGCGGCAAGUUACGUUCUUGGGAUGAGUGACAGAAUUGCAAAGUUGGGAGAUGGCUCUGUACAUGACACCAAGAAUCCUUCUCUUGGAUGGAUGAUUGGCUUUAUCUUUAUUGUUAGCUUUAUUGGACUUCUUUCUGUUGUUCCCCUCCGUAAUGUACGAAUAAUUGAAUUUCAUUAACACUUUGUAUGAAUACGAGUAAAAGAAGGGGAACGAGCUCACUUGUGUUGGUUUCGGGGUUAGCAGGGAAGGGAAGGGAGAGCAAGGGGAGACAAGUCCUUUGACUUCCCUCCCUCGCUCUCUUGUAGAUACCAUCCCUUCAAAAUUGGGAGUGAAUUUGAAGGGAAAUCGGAGCUCCCUCUUCCCACUCCUAUCUCUUUCCCUUUUAAAAUAUGUUUAUUUAUUUCACUAAUAGUUAAUUUAUUUUUGGACGGAUUUAUGUUGGUAGAACAAUAAAAAAUGGAGGCAAUACUUUCAAUUCGUGAUUGUAUGGUAUCAUAUUGCACAUAAUAAUCUAUAUAUGCUUUAAAACAUGGAUGCUUAGAUUAUGAUUAUCGACUACAAACUCAUUUACCCAAGUGGGACUGCUACUGCACAUCUCAUCAAUAGCUUUCACACUCCAGAAGGUGCCAUUAUAGCUAAGAAGAAGGUGAAGAUAUUAGGCAAAUUCUUCUCUUUCAGCUUCUUGUGGGGUUUCUUCCAAUGGUUCUUUGCAGGAGGUGAUGAUUGCGGAUUUGUGAAUUUCCCAACUUUUGGUCUAAAAGCCUAUGAUCAAAAGUUUUACUUUGAUUUUUCUGCAACAUAUGUUGGUGUGGGAAUGAUAUGCCCUUAUAUUGUUAACAUAUCUUUGCUACUUGGAGCAAUUAUAUCAUACGGUAUCAUGUGGCCUCUUAUAGCGAAACAGAAAGGACAUUGGUUCGACGCCACCCUUGAAGACAGCAGCCUUCAUGGCCUGCAGGGUUACAAGAUUUUUAUUGCAAUAGCCAUAAUUUUGGCAGAUGGACUAUACAAUUUUGUUAAAAUCUUCUAUAGAUCAAUGUCAGGCUUGUACAAGCAGUAUAAGGCAAAGAGCUCCGGCUCAAUCCUCCCUUCUAACGAACACCAGACCCCUGAAGUCUCCCCUGAAUCUUUUGAUGACCAACGACGAACUCAAUAUUUCCUCAAGGAUAGCAUUCCAAAUUGGUUUGCAGCAGCUAGUUACAUCGCCAUUGCUGUAAUCGCCAUGAGUGCACUUCCAAAGAUCAUCCAUCCACUCAUGUAUCAUAUCUUAGUCAUGUACAUUGUUGCACCAAUUUUAGCCUUUUGUAACGCGUAUGGUUGUGGCCUAACUGACUGGUCUUUGGCAUCUACUUACGGAAAGUUAGCAAUCUUCACAAUUGGUGGAUGGGCCGGUGCUUCUCAUGGUGGGAUUGUUGCAGGGCUCGCGGCCUGUGGUGUUAUGAUGAACAUUGUCUCAACAGCAUCAGACCUUACACAAGACUUUAAAACAGGGUACAUGACACUAGCUUCACCUCGAUCAAUGUUUGUGAGCCAAAUAGUAGGGACUGCAAUGGGCUGUAUCAUAUCACCGUGUGUCUUCUGGAUUUUCUACAUGGCUUACCCUGAUCUUGGAUUGCCAAAGACUACAUAUCCGGCACCUUUUGCAUCCUUAUAUCGAAACAUAGCUCUUCUUGGAGUCGAAGGAGUGAGUUCAUUGCCUAAACAUUGUCUCUUGCUAUGCAUAAUAUUUUUCGUUGUUGCAAUUGUUAUAAAUGGACUUAAAGACGUGGUAUGGGAGAAAUACUCGAAAUUCAUACCAAUUCCGAUGGCCAUGGCUAUACCAUUCUACAUCGGAGGCUACUUUGCUAUCGACAUGUGUGUUGGUAGCUUGAUACUCUUCGUGUGGGAGUACAACAAUAAGGCUAAGGCUGAUAUGUUCGCGCCUGCUGUUGCUUCUGGGCUGAUUUGUGGUGAUGGUAUAUGGAGUUUGCCAAGUGCAAUACUUGCUUUGGCUGGUGUAAAUCCUCCACUCUGCAUGAAGUUCGAAUCUAGCAAAUCUAGCUAAGUUGGAAGAAAUUAAGCUAAUGAUAUGAACAGACUAUUAGUGUGUGGAUUUAAUUUCCUAGUUACAUAAAAAUUGUAGAUUUGGGUUGCUAUUUUAUCGUUAAUGCAUGAAUCCAGUACAAUUCAACAAUUGCGUCCAAAAAAGUCUGCUUUUUCUUCCUUAUAUUAAUUAAGAUCGAUCAUAGGUGAAUUUUCAUAAAAUUUUAUAUGAAACAUGUGAAAAGGGAGAAAAUUAGAGUCUAAUAUAAAAAAAAAAAAAAAAAAAAAAAAAACCUCCACCAGGCUUUCAUUUUGUUUCUCUUGGUCUAAAUCAAGGGGGACACGACAGGCUUCACAUAUUUUAUUUUGGAUGUUGUAUGGCCGCAUGGGUUAAAUUCGAAAAUUCGGAAUGGCUUAAAUUACAGAUUUGAUCAUGACUUCCUUUCCUGCAUCGGAAAGGAAUUUCUCCUUCCAC